GAUUUCUCCAGGGAAAAUGGGAUUUCUUUCAGUAAAAUGGGAUUUCUCCUGGGAAAGUGGGAUCUCUCCCUGGAUCUGCCUCUCCCUGGCUGGCUCUGAUUCGAAGUCAGGGCUGUUAAUCCUCAGCUGUGCCCUAAAUUCCGAUGGAAGGGAGGGAACAGCCGCACAAAAUCCCCGGAAGAACAUCCCUGCCUCUUCCCAGGCAUCUGGAAGACUUUUCCCAUUACUUUUCCCGGUUUUUUUCCUGUUCUCAGUGGCUCUGUUUGGGGAAAUUCCGGAUUCCUGGGGAGGAAAUGUUAUCCCAGGAUAUCCAAGAGGUUUUGGGGGGGGGUUUCAGGUCGGGUUUUCCAGGAGUUUUGGCUGCUGGAGGAAUUUUCUGGAGGUCAGGGCUGUCCCUGUCACCCUCAGCCACCUUAAAUUCUUGGGAUCUUAUCCAGGGGAAAUUCCCAAAGGAAAUUUGUCUUCAAAUCCAGAACAAAACACGGAGCAAAUUGUGAGGAUUUGGGUUUUUUUUCCCCGGCUUAAACCCUUUAAAAAGAAACCGUUCAAAACCAGGAAUUCUUUCCAUGAAUUCCUUUUCAUUCCCAAAGCUGGAAAAACAGCAGGGAGAUGGCGUGGGCUGGGAACUGGGAGAUUUGGGUUGGAAAUGGGAAGAUUUGGGGCUGGGAAUGGGAAAAUUUCAGGCUGGGAAUGGGAAGAUUUUGAGUUGGAAAUGGGAAGAUUUUGAGUUGGAAAUGGGAAGGUUUUGGGGUGAAACUGGGAAGAUUUUGGCUUGAAAAUGAGAAGAUUUGGGGCUGGAAACAAGAUUUCAGGCUGGGAAUGGGAAUAUUUGGGGCUGGAACUGGGAAGAUUUUGAGUUGGAACUGGGAAUAUUUGAGGCUGGGAACGGGAAGAUUUGGGGCUGGGAAUGGGAGGAUUUCAGGCUUGGAAUGGGAGGAUUUGGGGCUGGGAAUGGGAAGAUUUUGAGUUGGAACUGGGAAGAUUUGGGGCUGGGAAUGGGAAGAUUUGGGGCUGGGAAUGGGAAGAUUUGGGGCUGGGAAUGGGAAGAGUUCGGCUCUCUGGACAAACCCACUUUGAAGUUGAGCUCUGUCACUUUUUGGGACUCAGCUCCUCCAAGCCACGGCUGCGCUGGAAUUCAGCCAAACACCAGAAAUCCGGGAAUCUCCUCGGGAUUUCCCUUUGGAAAAAGCAAACCCCAAACCUCAGGGCAAAGCCAACACACAGCGGGGUGACCCCAUAACCCCUGAGUGAGACAGGAUAAUUUUAGAGGCGGGGGAGGAACACCAGGAAGAAUCCCUCGGGAUCAGAACCUCGGGAUUGGGAACGCUGGGCUGAUCCCUCUCUCUGCUCUGUCCCCACAGCUGGAGGGACAGCAUGGCAGCCACGGCCGCCGUCAGCCCCAGUGAAUACCUGCAGCCCGCCGCCUCCGCCGCCCAGGACUCCCAGCCCUCUCCCCUGGCCCUGCUGGCAGCCACAUGUAGCAAGAUCGGUCCCCCCGCCGUGGAAGCCGCCGUGACGCCGCCGGCCCCUCCGCAGCCCACCCCUCGCAAACUGGUGCCCAUCAAACCCGCCCCGCUGCCCCUGGGCUCGGCCAAGAGCAGCAUCGGCAUCCUGUCCUCCAAAGGGAACCUCUUCCAGAUCCAGGGUUCCCAGGUGGGCACCUCCUACCCCGGCGGGCAGCUGGUUUUCGCCAUCCAGAACCCGGCCGUGCUCAACAAAGGCUCGCGCUCUUCCUCCUCCUCCUCCUCCUCGUCCUCCUCGUCGUCCUCCUCCAACAUCCAGUACCAGGCCGUGCCCCAGCUGCAGCCCGGCGGGGCUCAGACCAUCCAGGUGCAGCCCAACCAGAUCCAGAUCAUCCCAGGCACCAACCAAGCCAUCCUCACGCCUUCCUCUUCCUCGCACAAACCCGUGCCCAUCAAACCGGCGCCGGCGCAGAAAGCGGCGUCGGCAGCGGGCGGCGUGGUCAAACUGCCCGGGGGUGGCAACGUCACCUUGACCCUGCCCGUCAACAACCUGGUGAGCUCCGAGGCGGGCGGCCAGGCCCAGCUGCUCACGGACAGCCCUUCCAAACCCGGCAAAAAACCUCGGAAAAAGGCCCUGUCCCCCGCCCAGCCGGCCGCCGUGGCCGUGGCCGAGCAGGUGGAGACGGUGCUGAUCGAGACCACGGCGGAGAACAUCAUCCAAGCCGGUAACAACCUGCUGAUCGUGCAGAGCCCCGGCUCGGGGCAGCCGGCGGUGGUGCAGCAGGUGCAGGUGGUGCAGCCCAAGCAGGAGUCGCAGGUGGUGCAGAUCCCGCAGCAGGCGCUGCGCGUGGUGCAGGCCGCCUCGGCCACGCUGCCCACCGUGCCCCAGAAAUCCUCCCAGAACUUCCAGAUCCAGGCGGCCGAGCCCACCCCCACACAGAUCUACUUCAAAACCCCCUCUGGCGAGCUGCAGACCAUGCUGCUCCAGGAGACCUCCUCCGUGCCCGUGCCUCCACCUCUGGGCACGUCCUGCGGCAGCCCCGCGUCGCGCAGCCCCGGCCCCGGCGCCGGCCGCAAACCGGCCCCACGCAAGGAGCGGCCGCUGGGACCGGUAGGACCUGCUGCCCACGGGUGUGACGAGCUGAGCCUCAGCCAGGACAUUCCCACCUCCUCCCAAUCCCUCGGCUUGGCGCUUCCCCGCCGGCGGAUCCCUCGCUCUGCCUGCGCUCCCUCCCUGCUGCCUCUGCUCCUCCGCUGCCAAAUCCCAUUUGUUCUCCUCCUCCUCCUCCUCCUCCUCCUCCUGCUGCUGCCCUGGGAGCAGCCAUCCCGAUCCCGAUCCCAAUCCCGCUCCCGAUCCCGCUUGCUGACGCUGACCCCAUCUUCUUCUUUCCAGCCCCCGUCACGGCUGCCAGGGACGCCCGAGCCUGGAGCGGCCCUUAGGCUGCGGGGCCAGCAGCAGCUGACGGUGCAGAACGUGUCCGGCAACAACGUGACCAUCAGCGGGCUGAGCCCCACCCAGAUCCAGCUGCAGAUGGAGCAGGCGCUGUCCGGGGAGGUCCAGCCGGGAGAGAAGAGGAGGAGGAUGGCCUGCACCUGCCCCAACUGCAAGGACGGCGACAAGCGGCCGGGCGAUCCCGGGAAGAAGAAGCACAUCUGCCACAUCCCCGAGUGCGGCCGGACGUUCCGGAAGACGUCGCUGCUGCGGGCACACGUGCGGCUGCACACGGGCGAGAGGCCCUUCGUGUGCAACUGGGUGUUCUGCGGCAAGCGCUUCACGCGCUCCGACGAGCUGCAGCGGCACGCGCGCACACACACAGGUGACAAACGCUUCGAGUGCGCGCAGUGCCAGAAACGCUUCAUGCGCUCCGACCACCUGACCAAGCACUACAAAACCCACCUGGUCACCAAGAACUUGUAGGAUCGGGACAGAGAGAGAGAGAGAAAUUCCCUCCCAUCCCAAAUCCUGGAUCCCAGGAGGGACCUCGGGGACCUCCCCACCCUCCUGACCGUGCACAGCACCCCCAAAAAAAAUGGGGUGGGGGGUCCCUGUGACCCCCACAGGCUCAGGGGGGGUGACCCAGAGCCCCCCCAGAGCCCCCCAGGAUGUGGGGCAGGAGAAGGGGACGCCCAAGAGAGGCUCCACAGCACAUUCCUACUUUAUAUUUAAAGUCUAUAAAUAGCUAUAAAUAUCUAUAUAACCCCUUUGGAAAAAAAAAUCCCUUUUUUUCUAUGGAGAUCGUUGCCUUACACUCCCCCUCUCCCAGAUCCCGACCCCGUGGAUCAUGAGUGCUUUUUUUAAAAUCUAUUUAAUCCCCUGGAUUUAUCUCCCAAAACCCAAUUUUUUAUUUUUUUUCCCCCCCCCACCCUCGCUCUCAAUUUUUAUUUCUGAGCAACUUUGGCGU